GCAUUCCUGAUCCGACUCUGCUAUCCGCUUUCAUCAGCUGUUCCCCUCCAGACUGAAACUGGAGCACAUUUCACGUAUGUUUUCUUCCUAAACCACACAGCUUCCUAUUACCAUGGAUAAACAGCCCACAGUGGUGUUUCGAAAUGUGGGGCAAGUGUACUUCCCCCAGACCAGAGUGGAGUGCCACUACAGUCUGACCUCUGACCACCAGUGGAGCAGCAGUGACUGGAUAGGGAUUUUUGAGAUGGGCUGUACUUCAGCCAAACAGUAUCACACAUAUACAUGGGCUCUUGUUCCUGAAGGCUAUACUGAGGGAACCAGUGUCAACUGCUGUGCAGUUUUCCAGGCGUCAUACCUGCCCCGCCCCAGUGGUGUGGAGUAUCAGUUUAUAUAUGUGGAUAAGAAUGGAAAGGCGUGUGCUCGUAGUCCUCCAUUCACUUUCCGUUCUCCCAAACCAAUGGACGAGCUGGAGACUCUGAAGGAGGAACGAGAUGAGGAGGAUGGAGAGGAAGACCUACUCUUGGUCAUCCCUAAGGCUCAGCUGCUGCAGAGUCGGCUGGAGGAGUCCUUAAAGAAACAGGCGGAUAUACAGCAGGCUCUGGACAUGGCAAAAGAGGAGAUGGAGAAGGAGAAAGAGAACAGUAGAAAAGCAAAGGAGGAGUGGGAGGACGAGAGAGAAGCAAUGAAGGAGGAGAUCUCAGAGCUUCGGGACAACUUGAAACACAAUUUUGAGACGUUAAAGAAAAUGGAGGGAAAGCACAAGAAUGUGAAAUACAGUCAGGAAAAUCUGACAUCUGAACUGAAUAACAUCAUGGCUGAAAAAGCUGACAAUGAGCAGCGAAUCAAAGACCUGGAGGAGGACAUCAAGCUCCUGAAUGAGCGGGAGAAAGAGGAGAACGGGGAACUGGAAAGGCUGAAGGAGAGAGUGAAAAAAAUGUCCAGUCAAAUGAAACAUGAUGAUGAAAAGAAAAAGAGUCUUCAGGCGGAGAAGGAGGCCGCUCUGGUGGAGGUACGAGGGCUGCAGGAGCGUCUGGAGGCCAAUGAGCAUGUAGCAGAGAGCUUGCGCCGGGAGCUGAGGGAGCUGGGCACCCGGCAGGGACACACCCACACCGAGCUGCAUCAGGCCCGACUGCAGGUGGCACAGCUCACCCUGCAUCUCUCUGAGGAGAACCUGGUCCUCAGGGAGGAGAGAGCCAACUGGGCUCUAGAGAGAGAGGCUUACAAACAUGAUGUAGCAGAAACAGAUGCAAAUAAAUUACAAGAGCUGAGCUGUGAGGUGCAGAGGAAGGAGCAGUGGCUGCAGGACGAGAGGACGGAGAGGGAGAAGCUAGAAGUGGAGCUUGGCCGUGAGAGAGACUGCAAUCGAGUGCUGCUGAGUGAAUCCAAGCGAGAGCUGCAGGAGCUGAGGGCCAGUCUGAGGAAAGUCCAGAAAGAGAGAGAGGAGCAGCAGGUGGACAAACAGGACCUGAUGAGCUACAUCUGUCAGUUAGAGCAGAGGUUGGGGAUUGUACCAGAAACUAAAUCGAAUGGGGAAGUUUCCACAUGCAUCUCUCCUGGCUCUUCCUCUGAGGACGACGAGGAGACUUCCCACAGAUCGAUCUGUUCGCCUCUCUUCCUGUCCGCUCACCUGGAACGACCCAGCAGAUCUGAGCUCCUCGCUGCUGAGACACACGUCCAAAGCAAAGAAGACCCACCAGACUCUGACACACAGGAUGAGACGAGGCAGCACUGUGUGCUGAAGGAGAGCAGCUACCUACCGGAGCUCGUCUGCCCCGUCCUGAGUGAGCUGGCUGACUCCCCCAUGUGGUAACAGACAGACGGAUGGACGGAUGGAUGCUUGUUUACCACUGUGAUGCAAGUUCAUGCAGGUCAUAAGAAAACCUUUGGGAUUAUUUUAUUUUUGUUUCGUAGCUGCUCAUGUAGAAAAUGGCCUUUUUCAGCACAAUUUCUAAGUCUUAAGUGUCAAAUAAUUUAUGUAUUUGUAUUGGUGCCUAAUGGUUAGGGGUUAAUAAAACUCUCUCUUAGGCUCAGAUACCAGAUAUAAGACAUAUUUGGCUUUAUUUUUGAAUCAAUUUGUGAUUCCUGGAUAUUUGAGCUUUUUUAGCUGAUUGAAAUAUAGAUAUGUUGCAACUGUUUUUGAGAACAUUUACAAGCUUGGAUUGAAUACAUCUUGUUUUGGUGGUAUAUCAGCCCUCUGUAACCUUUGCAUGCGAGUGUGAAUCCUGAAACCGUGUCAAAAGUGUGUGGGUGUGUGUGUGUAACAGACAAGUGUGAAAUGUACUGAUGCAGCCUGUUGAGUGCAGCUUCAGGUUGGAAGAACAUUAAAGUUGAUUUAUGAUGCAUUUGUUUAUUGAUCUGAGCUUCUGUU